AUGUUUUUAAAUGGGCAAUCUUUCGAAUAGUUGAUCUAAAGGAUGAACACCUUUGAGGAAAAACUAAAGAACAGACCUGAUAUAGUCUUAGCCAAAUACUUUAAGAUACAGAAGACUAAUGAUAAAUCUAAAUGUUCAAUAUGUGGCAAGACUAAUUAAAAGUCAAUCAUUACUCCUUGCAAUCAUAUAUUCCAUCCCAAAUGUAUAGUUGAAAAGAUUAAGAACAAGUAAUUGAAAUGUCAAGAUUGUGAUAAAACUUAUGGAAAUCCUCCUUAACCUCCUGGUACAUUCACCAAAUAGAUCAUCAACCAAUCUUGUUCAGGAUAUGAAAAGACUUAGACAAUAGAAAUUGUUUAUGAUAUCCCUAAUGGAUUGCAAAAUGGAAUACAUUAUAGAGGUACUAAACAAACUUGUUACAUACCUAAUACGAAAGAAGGAGAAGAAUUAGCAGAUUUAUUAAAGACAGCAUUUGACAAAGGUCUAGUGUUUACCAUUGGAAGAUCAUUAUAGGAUGGCCAUAAGUAUCAAGUCUAAUUUAAUGAUUUGCAUCAUAAGACCAGUUUGAAUGGAGGCAAAUAUGGCUAUCCAGAUGCUACUUAUAUUAAUAGAAUGAUAUCAGAAUUAAAACAGAGAUUAAGUUGA